AGCGCGUCAUUUGAUCCAUAGCAACGCGGCUCAGCGACGCGUGUAGAAAGUUCAGACAGUCAAGUUUCUUAACGAGCACAGGAAAUACGACAUUGAUCCCAGUGCGGAUUUUGUCAUCCUUGUCGUUCAGUGGAUAAUAAGUGAACAAGAGAUAAAGGAAGCCGAGCAACGAUCGUCCAAUGAGCGUAGCUUGCCUCACGUGACUCAGGAGAAAGCGGAACUGCAGCAGGACGAGACACCUCAUUAUGCCACCUCGUGUCCUCUGAAGCAGAGAGAGAGAGAGAGAGAGAGAGAGAGAGAGAGAGAGAGAGAGAGAGAGAGAGAGAGAGAGGUUACAUAGGUGGUCUGCUACGGAUUCCCCAAGUGUGCCAUGUGUGAUAUUCCGCAAGAUUUGGAGCCUGACGAAUUGCUGGUGCAAGCCGUGAGGUCGGGCAGCCGGGAACGGAUGGAGGCUGCCCUUUCCGUCGGCGCCAACGUGCACUUCCACCUACCGUCCACUGCUCAUGAUCUGCCCAACGGUUCCUUACUGGCUCUGGCAGCGGGCCUUGGUCAUACUCAUCUGGUACCCGUCCUCCUUAGUGCCGGAAUACACGUGGACGACGGUGGGGGAUUCGGAUAUACGCCUCUUCAAGUAGCAGUGCAUCAAGGAAAAGAUAGUAUGGUGGAAACCCUGUUGAAAGUGCAGCCCGAAGGUCCAGAUGUCAAUGCUGUUGCUAAGGGUGGUGUCACUUCACUUCACCUAGCAGCGCGAAAGGGCAGGAUGUAUUCCGCCAAGGCCCUGAUAGAUGCCGGGGCUGAUCUUAACGCCCGGGACAACAGCAUGAGAACACCUCUCCAUGUCUCAGUUUUGGGCAAGUCAACAAAUAUCAUGAAGCUCCUUCUGGAUGCUGGUUGUAAUGUGCAAGCCGUCAAUGACAAAGGCUUCUCUGUUCUACACAUCGCAGCACUUUCCGGAAAUGAGAAGGCUGUUCAGGAACUGCGGAUGGCAGGAGUAGAGACGGAUAGAAAAGAUUCUAUGGGACUCAUGCCAGAGGAUGUAGCAGAUGUUUGGGGAAGCCAUGGCACCGCCUGGUUACUCCGUAAGAUGCCUAAAGCGACAAGGACCACUACAAGGAUUACUACUGCCAAUCCUUCCUCUAACAUCAUGAUGCGAAUGAGCUAUGGUGAAUAUGAGGUUGAGGGACAAAAGACACUGAAAUGGACUAAGAUGGAAGGCAUGGCGUACAUGCUGGAAGCCAAUGUCCCUAAGAACCGUGACCCUCACUACCAGGACGAUGCAGGCUUUACGCCAAUGCACUGGGCGGCCCAACUUGGCCGAACUGCAACCGUUAGGGCUCUCUCUAAAUCCUGUUGUUCUUAUGCCGGUGCUGUAACGUACGCAGGUGACACCCCUGCCCAACUAGCCGAAAGGGCGCGCCACACACUGCUAGCCCAGGAAUUGUCUUCGAUGGCAGCAUUGAAAGAUGGUCGUUCGCCAAUUGAGCUUUACUGGAAACUUCUCAUCACCAUCAGCGUCAGCGAUGACAUAGGGGAGGCAAGGAAGCUGUUGUCCUCAGGAGCACCGCUGCAGGCUACCAAAGACCUCCGCACUGACGCCAUGGUCCUUGCCAUCACCUGUAACAGGCCUCGCAUUGUGACCCUCUUGGCGGCAGCAGGGGCGCCUCUCACCACAAUUAGUGGAGGCCUUUCUUUGCUGCAGGUUGCCUGGCUUACCCCUGACGUCACUACACGCGUCAGGGUCCUCAUCACAAGAAUUUUCCUGAACGUCCUGAAGGUUGAGCAGGAUCGUGUACGACCACAAGACUCGCUGCUGCGUAGCGGCAUCGAUUACCUGUUGGAUGGUCUCAGGAGCGAUGCGCCGGUCAAGACUGCCUGGCCUUUCCGAAACAAAGCUUAUAGUAACUUGACGAACCUCCUGGUAGCCGCCGCCCGCAACAACUGUCCGCUCACCGCCACUUUCCUCAAACUGUGUGGUGGAAUGGCCUUUAAGCAGAACGACCAAGGGACGACUCCUCUGCACGUCGCGCUGGAGGCCAACCAAUUAGGGAUGGCAAGGGGGAUGGUACGAGACUUAGGGGCGUGUCCAUAUGUGACCGACUCCCAGGGAAACCUUCCGCUUGACCUUCUUCAGCCGGAAAUGAAGAAGCAGGUGGAGGAGGAAAUUUAUGAACAAGAGAGGCACAAGAUCGAGAACUAUCAAGAAAAAGAAAAAGAUCAGGAAGACAAGAAUACUUAUCAAGACGUUUUGGAGGUGCUAGAGACUUUGUUUGCCAAACACGUUGGUUUGUCCGAAGACACUCCACCUGAGCCUCUGCUGACUCAAACCCUUUUAGUGGCCAGUCAUCGCGGCAUGCAUCUGCUGACCUAUCUGGUAAUCAAAGUGGGCGGAUUGUCCAUCAACACUGUGGUGGAUCCAAUGCAAGACUCCACCGCUUUACAUCAGGCGGCAUCCCACGGGCACACGGUGUGUGUGGCACUCUUGUUGAGUCUGGGGGCGUGUGUACUCCAGCAAGACCGCUAUGGCCACACAGCUGCCCACUUGGCUGCAAUGUUUUGCCACAAACUGACCUACAGACUACUCAUAAAAGAGAUGGACCAGCAGUACUUGUUAAGUCGUGCGGGUAAGGCUCACCGGCAAGUCGCACAAGAUUUUAAGGCAUACCUGAAGCUUUACAACAAGGUGAAAGUGGUUGAUCCUCAAAAAUCCCUCAGGUUCAACGACACAAAUGUGGCAAUCAGAGAGCUGCUCACGGAGGAUAACUUCCGCAACAAGUUAAAAAAGCUGAAGAAAUAUAUUGUCGACUUCAGCCAAGGAGAGGCAAAGGAAGUGAAGGAAGCCGUGGUGAAGGAGGUGGGCGCCUUGGUAUCUCAUGUGGCCGACCAAAAUAGCCUCUAUGAUGGUCGACUCGUCCUGGUUGGCAGUUCAGCAGAUAACAGCCGCCUUUAUGCUCCGGACGAGUUCGACAUGAACCUUGUGGUGUCAGGGGUCGAGGGUGUCGAGGUGAGGAUGGAGGAGCUGGCCUCUCACGAGGCGCUUCUUCAGGGUCACCCUCUUAGGGCACGAGUGAGAGCGGAUCAUUCGGACCUCCAGGGCAUCGCCUUCAAGAACAAUUUUUACCACCUGAUGAAUAGCUGCCUGAUGACGCGCCGCACCUGUGACUCUAGACUUAGCUACGUGCCCCCAGGACUGAAAAGAACUCAUGCAGGGGUGGCACUGAGCUUUGCGUGGCAAGGGGAGACGUAUCCACUGCUACUGGUUAGUGUUGAUGUAGUCCCGGUGCUUGGCGUCCCCUGGCCGACCUGGUUGGAGCGACCGCCUCUCACUCCAGACUCCCUGUCGGAGGUUUUCCUCACCAACACGGCGGAGGAUGAAUGGCGCCUCAGUCUGGCGGGUGCCGAGGCCGAGGUGUUGAGUGCCCUAGCCUGGGAGGACCGAGUGGUGUAUAUGUCCUGUAAGCUGAUUCUUUCCUACCUGAAGGCGGAGCGAUGGAUGCCCAAGCCCGUCAAAGACUCUCUGUGCUGGUGGGACUCCCGUAAAUGGAGGAUCACGGUGCCCGCCGUGUUUGGCGUCAAGAACUGCUUCUUGAGGCAACUGGAAGCCAAACGGGCGGGGAAGUUUGAAUGGCCGAGGGACAGACUGGCCGCCGUUGCCACUCUCUUGAGGGGAAUGUGUACAGACUUUAAGGAUCCCACUAACGGCCAGGAGUCCCUUGUGCCCAUCAAGGUUUACGCUUACUUUGGGGGAGCGUUUGAGAAACCCAAGUUGGGCGAGGGCGCUCCGGCGAUCAUCGAAGUUCUUGAGAAUAGUUGGGUUAGCGGGUGACUUGAGAGACGAUGAAUAUAUAUAUAUAUA